AUGCAGCCGGAGACGAUUGGUUGGUAUGGCCUUGGAUCCAUGGGCAUCAAGAUGGCACUGAACCUCCAGAGGCAUUUAUCUGCACAAGGAAUGGCUCCUCUGCGUUACAGUAACCGCACCCUAUCGAAAGGGGAGGAACUUCAAAAGAUCGGGGCUAUCCCGGAAUCUGAGUUUGGGGAGUUAGUGAACCAAUCAUCUAUUAUUUUCACUAUGAUUACCGAUGACCAAGUGCUGGAGAAGCUUGUCGCCGAGGUGUUGCAGAAAGACAUCAAUCUGCAGGGGAAGAUCUGGAUCGACACUUCCACGGUACACCCCGAAACAUGCUAUAGAUGCUUUACGAAGCUCACGGAGAGAGGCGCUACGUUUGUGGCAUCUCCUGUAUUCGGGGCCAGCCCGGUAGCGGCCGAGGGAAAGCUGAUAUUCGCCAUUGCUGGCACAGCCAGUGCCAUUGAUCGGCUACGGCCCUUUGUAAUCGAUGUCAUGGGCCGAAAGAUGAUCGAAAUGGGGGAAGAUGUUCGUAAAUCAAGUCUCCUGAAAAUCUCCGGCAAUAUUUUUGUGCUUGGAUUCCAAGAGUUGAUUGCCGAGGCCCAGGUCUUUGCAGAAAAGUCAGAGCUCGGGACGGCACAGAUGGAAGAGUUUAUCGGGAGUAUGUUUGGACCUGUUCUCCAAAGUUAUUCGAAACGCAUGACCUCAGGCGCCUACGCACCUCCUCUGGAUGUUCCCCCUGGCUUCUCGGCGGCUCUAGCUACCAAGGAUUGCAAACACGCUCUAUCAAUGGCUCGAGAUAACGGGACGCGUCUGAAGACAUUGGAAGCGGCACUUGGGCAUUUAACAGCUGCGCGGGAGUACGCUGGGGAGACCCUUGAUAGUUCGUCUAUGUAUGGUGCUGUUCGGAUGGAGGCAGACCUCCCGUUCUGGAAUGAAAACAGCCGACAGAGCAAUUAG